AUGUAUUUCGACGGUGCAGUCAAUUCUACCGGAUCCGGUAUAGGCGCAAUACUGAUAUUCCCUGACGGACGCUAUUAUUCGGUGGCCGCGAAGGUCAACUUCUCCUGCACCAAUAACGUGGCCGAGUAUGAGGCAUGCAUUCUUGGUCUACAAGCGGCAAUCGAUUUCAAGGUGAAGGAGCUAGAAGUAUUUGGUGACUUCAUGCUCACAAUCUUCCAGACGUUGGGACAAUGGAAGAUAAAGGAUGCAAAGCUGGUACCAUACGACGAGUAUCUCGAGGGGUUAGCGGAGAACUUCGAAAAGAUCUCGUUUACUUAUACAUCACGCAUGAAGAACCAAUUUGCAGACGCACUCGCGACGUUCGCUUCCAUGGUGAGCAUCACGAAGAAAAACCUUGCCGAGCCCCUCGAGAUCGAGAUCACCAAAGGAACCGCCCACUGUGACGUGAUUGAGGCAACCGAUGCGAAACCGUGGUACGAAGACAUUAAGAACUUCCUGCAAACUGGCCAAUAUCCUCCAUUCGUCGAUCGUCGUGACUGGAAGACGCUCAGGUGA